GACACCAAAAAUCGCAAAACCAGCUCCCUCCUCUUAGGCAGGGCUGUAGCCUACAGCUGGCAAUCGACAAGACAAAAGAGAGAGUCAGUAUUGGCCAUCGGACGCCCGUCUCCACUCUAUCAAGUGGAGAAAUUCACUCUGGCGAUGCGGAGUUAUUUUAAUUACUCUGUUUUCACUUUUAAAUGACUGCGACUGGACAUAUGUCUGUAGAUAACAACACAAGAAAGAUAUAGUUCCAAAACAUUAAGGGAAAAAGACUAACUGGAGACAAAAAAAUCUGCAACAAGACAAAAGAUGUGGAGCUCCGCGUGGUGUCAGGGGUGGGAUGUGGCAGUGGUUCUGCUGCUUGGCGUGUGGCUGCCCUCUAGCUUGGGCCAGACGACACCGUCCCCCCAGCAUCAGAGCAACAAGCUGCAGUUCCGGCUGGUGGGCUACCCCCGCAAGCACAACGAGGGCCGCGUGGAGGUCUUCUACAAGGGCGAGUGGGGCACCAUCUGCGACGACGACUUCUCCUUGGCCAACGCCCACGUGCUGUGCCGCCACCUCGGCUUCAUCGCCGCCACUGGCUGGACUCACAGCGCACAGUACGGCAAAGGGACAGGAAAGAUCUGGCUGGACAACAUGCAGUGCACCGGGACUGAGAAGAGUGUUGAGCUGUGCAAGUCCCAUGGCUGGGGCAACAGCGACUGCACCCAUGACGAGGAUGCCGGUGUGAUCUGUCAGGACGAGAGGCUGCCAGGCUUUGUGGAAUCCAACGUCAUCGAGAUGCAGGUGGAGGAAGACAGAGUGGAGGCUGUCCGUUUGCGAUCGGUGGUGGUCGCCUCCAAAACAAAAAUGCCGAUCGCGGAGGGCAUCGUGGAGGUGAAGUACAAGGACGGCUGGGCCCAGAUCUGUGACCUCGGCUGGACCCCCAAAAACUCCCGGGUCGUCUGUGGCCAAAUGGGCUUCCCAUUUGAGAGGAAGGUGAACAAGAACUUCUAUAAGCUGUUUACAGGGAGGCAGAAGAACUUCUAUCGAAUCUACUCGGUGGCCUGCCUAGGGACAGAGGGCCACCUGUCUGCCUGCCCCCUGCAGUUCAGCAAGGGGAACGCCAGUGCCCCCUGUCGGGGAGGCAUGCCGGCUGUGGUCAGCUGUGUGCCUGGACCACUCUAUUCGCAUGUGAACAGCCGGAAGAAGAAGCUGAAAAUAUCGAGCACCGUAAGGCUGAAGGGGGGAGCUAAGAUCGGGGAAGGGCGUGUGGAGGUGCUGAAGAACAACGAGUGGGGGACGGUGUGCGACGACCGCUGGAACCUACAGGCAGCCAGCGUGGUGUGCAGGGAGCUGGGCUUCGGCAGUGCCAAGGAGGCGCUGCUGGGGGCCCGCAUGGGGCAAAGCAUGGGGCCCGUCCACCUGAACGAAGUCCAGUGCAGCGGGCUGGAGCGGACCAUCUGGAGCUGCCGCUACAAGAACGUGACGUCGGAGACGUGCAAGCACGAGAAGGACGCCGCCCUGAGGUGCAACGUGCCCUACAUGGCCUACGAGAACACGAUCCGCAUCACCGGCGGGCGCACCCGCUACGAGGGUCGCGUGGAGGUGGCGACCACCAACGAGAAUGGGACGCAGGGCUGGGGUCUGAUCUGCGGAGAGGGCUGGAGCACACGGGAGGCCAUGGUGGUCUGCAGGCAGCUGGGGCUGGGCUACGCUAACCACGGCCUGCAAAUCCGGAUCGUCGGGGGACGGACGAUGCGUGAGGGUCGGGUAGAGGUUAAGAUUGGGUCCAAGUGGGGCACUGUGUGCAGUGAUGGAUGGACCACAAAGGAGGCCAUGGUGGCCUGCCGACAGCUAGGCCUGGGGUACUCCAUGCAUGCCAUCACUGAAACGUGGUACUGGGACGGCAGCAACGUGACGGAGAUGGUGCUGAGCGGGGUGAAGUGCUCCGGGGACGAGAUGACACUUAGCCACUGCCAGCGACACAAGGCCGUCAGCUGCCAGAAGGCGGCGGCGAGGUUCUCCGCGGGGGUCAUCUGCUCUGAGACCGCCUCCGACCUGGCGCUGAACGCCUCGCUGGUCCAGCAGACGGUCUACAUCGAGGACCGGCCGCUGCACAUGCUCUACUGCGCCGCUGAGGAGGACUGCCUCUCCAAGAGCGCGGCCAAGGCCAACUGGCCCUACGGCCACCGCCGCCUGCUCCGCUUCUCCUCCCAGAUCCACAACAUCGGACGCGCUGACUUCCGCCCCAAAGCCGGCCGCCACUCCUGGGUGUGGCACGCCUGCCACGCGCAUUACCACAGUAUGGACAUCUUCACACACUACGACCUGCUGUCCGUCAACGGGACCAAGGCGGCGGAAGGUCACAAGGCCAGCUUCUGCUUGGAAGACAACGAGUGCCUAGAAGGCGUUUCGAAAAGGUACGAGUGCGCCAACUUUGGCGAACAGGGCAUCACGGUGGGCUGCUACGACCAGUAUAGCCACGACAUCGACUGCCAGUGGAUCGACAUCACUGACGUAAAGCCAGGAAACUACAUAUUACAGAUUGUGAUCAACCCCAAUUAUGAGGUGGCAGAAAGCGACUUCACCAACAACGCCAUGAAGUGUAACUGUAAAUACGAUGGCCAUCGUAUUUGGCUGCACAACUGUCAUAUUGGUGACGCUUUCAGCGAAGAGGCAGAAAGGAGGUUUGAAAAGUACCCUGGGCAGCUCAACAACCAGAUUUCCUAAAUCCAGGAGGGGCUCAGCAGGAGCCACUCCAAACGGCAGGACAGUAAAAGGGGCCAGGCCUUCGGUGCCAUGUAGCCCAGCCCCUUUUUCAGCUACCUAUUCCUAUGCCUUCCUGGAACAGGCAACCAACCAAGAAAGAGAACUGAAUUCAUUAUGAACUAAUACUUAAUUCUAGGCUGCAGUGGCAUAUAUGUCUGUUGCAACCCUAGAUACAGCGUUCCCUUUAUCAGAGGGCUGUGUGAUUGCUUCACGCAGUAUGUGUCACAUUUGCAAACAUUAUUGUAUUUGAAUACUUCCUCAUUGAAAUACACACUUUUUGCCUUUCCUUCUUUAACGUGAAAACAUGCAGCCUUAUGUAUAUACUUCCAAGCUGGGAAAGUGUGCUACUUAAGAUUUUGAUCCACACUACGUUCAUAUCUUUAUUUUAUAAUUGCUAAUGCACAAUCUGUAUUAAGAAUGAAUGUGUGUAAAUGAGUAUAGAAAGAUUUUAACCUAGUUGGUGCUCAGGUUUCAUUUGCCCAGAGAACUGGGAUAGACAACGCUUCUGUUGUUGGUCCUGUCAGUCUAGUGCAUUCCACUCUGUUGGAAGUGGGCAGACAUACAGUUUCCUAUAAUUCCUAAGUAUCAAUUCAGAAGGAACAAAUCUUGUGGUAAUGCCACCGAAAUCACUGUUCAUAACCUCCAUCCUCUGAGUGCUAAUUGCUAACUCAUACAGUAGAGCUAUAUAUGCAUUAAUGUAGAAGGAUUCAUUUGCGUGUAACUAGCCUGUUGGCAAAGGUCGCUUUUAGCAUGCUAUAGUCUUGCUAAUAUAGACAAAGUAGGUGGCCGUAGGAAAAACUUGUCUGAGUGUUGCAGAAGUCAGUCAAUUGCUAUAUUUCUACAAGAAUACCAAUGUUUUUUUUUUAAAUCUUAGACAGAUAAAAACUUCUAGUUUUCACUAAAACAGAUUUUCUGAGUAAAAAGAGGGACAUUGUGGUUAGCAGUGGGUUGAAUUAAUCAUUUGUCUGACAGAAUGAUGUGGAUUAUAAUGCAAUCCAGGCAAAGGAAAAUUGUGCAGCUGUUUUCAUUUGUCUUACAUAUGAAGGAGUUUUUCUUAUUUUACUGAACUGUCAACUUACUACUGGUGUUUUUGCAGUUAGUGAACUUUAUAGGCAAGUCACACAACCUUUUUUGUCUUCCCUACAAAGUUCUGUAACACAAAUCACGCAAGAUUUUCGGUUGACUUUAAAAUGGCAUUAUUUCAUGGCAAUGGAAACAGCCAGCUUAUGACGCUCUUCGUUCUUGUCACUGUUGUAGCCUUGUCUCACAUUAGUAGAACCCAGCAAAGAUGUUUUGGAUGGGGACAUGCACCUUUACCCUCCAUGUGAAACUGCACUGAACACUCCUCAGCUUGGCAGCUUCAGAAACAAAAUGGCAGAAGCUGCAUGCCAGCCUCAUGACAGGAAAUCAGUGUGAACCAUACAGUAAUGCCUUCCCUCACUGCAGGAAAGGGUUAGUGAGAUAAUGCCUUAUGGUACUCUUUUUUAACUUUGCUUUGAUUUAUGUGGAACUGUAUCCUCUGUAAUGAACCAUUUUGUUGAAUGUAUUUAUUGUCCAUUUGCUCAAGAAUGUGGACUAUGAAAUCCAUUCAUUUUCCAUUCUAAAUGUUCAUGCCAAAAACAGUGUGGGCUAUAAUGGAUGUCUGUAUGCAAAGCAGAUCAGAAAAAUAAAUCUAAAUCAGGAAGUGA